ACUCGGCCAAGCAAGCCACUUGAACAUUAGCAAAAUUAUUUAAAGCCAUAGACUUCAUAUCACAUGAUGUUAUUAUGGUAUUAUAUUUUCAGUUAAAAUAUUCUUAUUAUAAUAAAAUGUAUAGAUAAUAACUAAAGACUAAACUAAUGAAAAUUUGUUUCACGGCAUCAUCUUUGUUUCAAGUCAAUAUGAGAUUAUUUGCACAGGUACCGCCACAAUCCCAACCUUCAAAUUCAGUUCCUCACCGGAAGAAGAAGCGCAAGAACAAAGCACCGCCGGUGGAGAACAAACUUGUUCAUGAAACUGCCGAUUCAUGUUCCGAUUCCUCUGAAACCGUUCGAACCAGCUACGCCGAUGGCUGUGACCAUGACAACGAGCUCAAUAUAACUAAACCGUUAAGUCAGAGAAGCGUGAACAGUGGUGGUAGUUACGGAGAUUCGACGGUUACAGCAGUUGAUGACGGUUACGGGAAGGAAGGUAGUUCGGUUGGUGUUGCAAUAUCAGAGACGGUUACGGCAGAGGAUUCGAUUUUGAAACAGUCACCUGUAAAAUACUUCUUGGAGAAACUGUACAAAGGAAAUUCCUUAUGGAGCACAACAACUCUUGGGAAUGAAAAGGAACGAGAAAGAGUUUAUGACACUAUCUUCCGCUUGCCGUGGAGAUGUGAAUUGCUUAUAGAUGUUGGUUUCUUUGUCUGCUUCAAUUCAUUUCUGUCAUUAUUAACUGUCAUGCCAACAAGGGUAGUAAUGACCAUUUGGAGGCUUCUAAAAACAAGGAGGUUCAAGAGGCCAUCUACAAUUGAGUUGUCAGAUUUUGGCUGUUUUCUUAUUAUGGCUUGUGGAGUCACUGUUUUGCAGCAAAUAGAUAUCAGCUUAAUAUAUCAUAUGAUCCGUGGUCAAGGAACAAUCAAAUUAUAUGUGAUCUACAAUGUCAUAGAGAUAUUUGAUAAAUUAUGUCAGAGUUUUAAUGCGGAUGUAUUGCAAAUGUUAUUUCAUUCAGCAGAACGACUUGCAAGAUGUAAUCCAGAAACAGAAAGUGUGAAAUGGAAAUUUAUUUCUGACCAAGUUUUAGCUAUUAUUACUUCAAUUGUUCAUUCUUUCGUCUUGUUAGUUCAGGCAAUCACUUUAUCAGCCUGUAUUGUUGCUCACUACAAUGCUCUGCCAGCUUUGCUGGUGUCAAAUAAUUUUGCUGAGAUCAAAAGCUACGUGUUUAAGGGAUAUAGUAAGGAUAAUGUUCACAGAAUGGUGUACUUUGAUUCCAUAGAGAGGUUCCACAUCUCAGCAUUUAUCUUAUUCGUUUUGGCUCAAAAUAUUCUUGAGGCAGAAGGCCCCUGGAUUGAAAGCUUUCUCAUUAAUAUAUUCUUCGUUUAUCUAUGUGAAAUGGCUAUUGAUAUUAUCAAGCAUUCUUUCAUUGCCAAAUUCAACAACAUUACGCCCAUUGCAUACUCUGAGUUCCUUGAAGUCCUAUGUAAACAGACUCUACAUAUGCAAACUGAGGAUGCAAAGAAAAACCUUACUUUUGUCCCUCUUGCUCCAGCAUGUGUGGUAAUUCGAGUUCUGAGUCCGGUAUAUGCUGCUAUCCUUCCUUACAAUCCCCUUCCAUGGAGGCUUAUUUGGAUUAUGCUAUUUUCAGCAAUAACUUACAUUAUGCUCACAAGCCUCAAGGUCCUAAUUGGCUUGGUUCUACAGAAACACGCCACUUGGUAUGUUAAUCGCUGUCAAAGGAGGAAGCGUCAUCCUCAUGCAGAUUAAUAUAAGAUGGAUCAACUAAAUUAAUGUACUCUGCUGUUCAGGGAUUCCAUUGUGGCUGAAGAGCACAUGUGGAGAUAAAGUAUUGGCAUUCAUUUAACUUCUAGCACCAAAGGAGCAUGCACACUUAAUAUUUUUUAUUUUUUUUGGUAUAACCUGGAGGUAUCUUCAUUCAAUCUCUUCCGGUCACCUUGCUCUCGGGGUACGGCCCUGUAGGCUAGCUCCUCAUUGGAAUAGCAGGUGCAUUGAGCUUCGCUACCGGAGAAAAGAUGAGACUAAUCCUCCAUUCGAGGAGGGAGGCACAUCCUCUGGCCUCCAAAUUUUUUUCAACAAUUUGCUUGAGGCAAGGUUUGAACCUCUGACUCAAGCAAACCCUUGGGAGCUCAGUUGCCAACUGAGCUAUCCUUAGGGGGCGUUUGGUUGAGGAGAAAUUUUUAUGAAUCAUAGGAAAAUGUGAUUAGUAGGCAAAUGGUUGGGAAAUGAGUUUGGU